AUGAAACUACAGUUUUUAUCCAUCAUCACUUUAUUUGCUUGUUUAUUCACGACCACCAUCUUUGCUAAAGAAGAGACACCAGAGGACCCCGAGAUCACACAUAAAGUGUAUUUCGAAAUUAACCAUGGUGAUGAAAAGAUCGGUCGUAUUGUCAUGGGAUUGUAUGGUCUCACCACACCUCAAACUGUUGAGAAUUUUUAUCAAUUGACCAUUUCCACGGACCCCAAGAUGGGCUACUUGAAUUCUAUCUUCCAUCGUGUGAUUCCUAAUUUCAUGAUUCAAGGCGGUGAUUUCACUCACAGGUCUGGUAUCGGUGGUAAAUCCAUCUUCGGUAACACUUUCAAAGACGAAAAUUUUGAUGUCAAGCAUAACAAGCCUGGCAGAUUGUCUAUGGCCAAUCGUGGAAAAAACACCAACGGAUCACAAUUCUUCAUCACCACUGUUCCAUGUCCAUGGCUUGAUGGGAAACACGUUGUCUUCGGAGAAGUCUUAGAGGGUAUGGAUGUGGUUCACUACAUUGAAAACGUGAAGACUGACAGUAGAAAUAUGCCCGUGAAGGAAGUUGUCAUCGUGGAAAGUGGUGAGUUGGAAACUGUUCCUUUGAGCAAGCAAGACGCCGCUAAGCUGCAGGAACAGAUCAGAGCGGAAGCUAGUGAAGAGGCUCACGAUGAGUUAUAA